UGAGAUUAAGGGAGGGGGGCAGUUUUUUAAAAUCGCCAAAAUUGCCUCAGAUAAUUAAUGGAUGCUCCCUUAUAUUGUAUUUAUUCCUGAUGAUUUUCUUGUGAAAUCCUGCUAAUAUUUUUUUAUCUAUUUCAGUGUAAAAGCUUGUACCUACCUACACUUAUAAUUUAAAAUGGCCUGGAUAUCCUCACACCCUGUACACAACACCUUCGCUUCCCUUUGUGUUAAAAAUGGGGACACCUUCAAAGUGAACAACGAUUGUUUAGCCAUUCUAGAAGAAAUAUUACGAAAACUAGACAAUGAAGACUGCUCGCUGAGGACGUUUCGUCGCGCCAUAGGUUUCGGUCAAAACAUCAGAAAGAACUUGAUACCCUUACUCCUCCACGUGAAAGACGACGCAAAAAUUACAGACGCCACCAAAAUCAUCGACACUACCAUCAAGAUACUGGUCAACCUGACUAUCCCUGUGGAAUGCCUCCUUUCCAUAGACUCCAUGUCCAGGAGCGAUGUGGGAAAACACACCAUCUUCGAGCUAAACAAACUUUUAACCACAAGCAAAGCGGCUUUUAUUGACAGCAAAAGCACCAAAGCUGUGGUGGAUCACAUGAAGUAUUUGGUUGAAAAUUAUUCCCAGUUGGAUUUGGAGCAGUGUGAUAGCAUUAAUAAUUGCUUGCUACUUUUGAGGAAUAUUCUGCACGUGCCUGAAGCUAAAACCACCGUUUCCAAUUCUAGCAUGCAGAAUCAGAUAAUAUGGAAUCUAUUUACGCAGAGUAUUGAUAAGAUUAUCAUUUAUCUCAUGUCUUGUCCUCAAAAGGUAAAACACAAAUUCCUACGUCUUACCCAGAGAGCCAUAUCAGUUUAAAACUUGGCCAACAUUUGACCUUUCACCUUUAAAAAAUGUUUGCCAAUAAAAGUACAAUAUAGGACAAUAUUCUUAUGAUAAUAAAUAAAUAAUAAAUUGUGCCCAAUAAUAUGCAAAAGCAGUAGGGAUUAAGUAGAAUUAAGUAGGGAUUAAGUUAGCUAACCUAGGUAGGUUACCGUUGGUUUCAUUUUGGGAAUGUUUGGGCAUGGAAAAACGAUGAAAUUUUUUUUGUUUAUUUGGGCAAAUAUUAGGCUUUUGAAAAAUUGACCAAUGACAUAAUAUUGAUAAAUAUUUUAUCAAAAUAUAUUUACAAAUAUUAUAAUUUUAUUUGAAAGAAUAUUACUAAAAAAGCUUUUAACCCUGAACUGGUAUGGUGAUUUCCAAGCAACACAACUAGUAUUGUUGGGUCAAUUUUGACCCAGCCCUAAUAAAGUAGGGGAGGUUACAGUUUUUUUGACUAACUAUACUUUAAUUUGUUAGUUUAGAGGAAAAAAACCUAAAAAUGAA